CUUGGUAUGGUCUAGCCUAGUCACAUGGUACGCUAUAACCUGGUCACAAACUAAAUACUGAACUUUUGUCGUUUCGAUUUGACAGGACAUAUCGUAGGCUAUCAUUGCCCUUUUACGUGUGAUCCAAAACACUGUGCUGUUAGUAAAUUCUCUCUGAUCAUUAUGCCGCUAUGUGGAGGAACAGGAGCACCUCAGGACGCCACUCCCGAGGUGCAGAAAAUCUGUGAUGAGAUUAAGUCGCAGUCGGAGGAGGAUGCUGGGAAGAAGUUUGAUGACUUCAAAGCAAAAUCGUUUGCAUCCCAAGUGGUGGCUGGAACCAACUACUUCAUUAAGGUCCACGUAGGUGGAGAUGACUAUGUGCACCUGUGUGUCCAUAGACCACUGCCCUGUGCAAACCAACCUUUAAAGCUGCUUCGCCAAGAGACAGGCAAGCUUCACCACGAACCAAUUGGUUACUUCUGACCACCCCAAGUCCCUCUGAGUGCUCAAGAGUAUUGUGCCUAGCGUCUGGACUACAACCUCUCCUAUAUUUUACUCUUUUUAUUUGUAACUUUCAAAAAUCAACUAUCAAGCAGCUUUUAAACUACUCGCAAUACGUUUUGUCCUGUGCAUGCAUUGAAUUUCACACUGCUGACUGAAAAAAUUAAAUGGAGUGACAUUUGGAGUUAUUUUUCUCAACUAGUAAAUAAACUUUAAACUUUAUUGUAAACAUG